GGCACAGAUGGCCCUACAAUGAACGAUGGCACAAGCAGCCCACCAACCAUCACUGGCACAGACGGCAUGACAUCCGUCGCUGGCACAGAUGGCCCACCAAAUAUUACGGACGCGGCCGCAAACAGCCCCCAGAAUAUAUAUAGCAAUCCCACAAACGGCCCACAAACUAUCAUCAGCGCGACCACAAACGGCCAACCACCUGUAACUAACAUGACUUCAAAUGACCCACCAUUUAUGACUAACAUGACUUCAAAUGACCCACCAUUUAUGACUAACAUGACUUCAAAUGACCCACCAUAUAUAACUAACAUGACUUCAAAUGACCCACCAUUUAUGACUAACAUGACUUCAAAUGACCCACCUUAUAUGACUAACACGACUUCAAAUGACCCACCAUAUAUGACUAACACGACUUCAAAUGACCCACCAUAUAUAACUAACACGACUUCAAAUGACCCACCAUAUAUAACUAACACGACUUCAAAUGACCCACCAUAUAUGACUAACACGACUUCAAGUGACCCACCAUAUAUAACUAACACAACUUCAAGUGACCCACCAUAUAUAACUAACACGACUUCAAAUGACCCACCAUAUAUAACUAACAUGACUUCAAAUGACCCACCAUAUAUAACUAACACGACUUCAAAUGACCCACCAUAUAUAACUA